AUUUAUUUUUACAAUUUAAAGUUUAAUUGAUAAUGAGUCAAUUGAUAAUAUAUUUAAUUUUUUUUGAGCAACGGUUGCACACGUAUUAGAUAAGUUCACGUGAAACGUCCAUAUUAACACCCUAAACGCGGAAAAAAUGUAUUUGGAACAACUGUUAAUAUAUAAUGAUAUUUAACAUGAAUAAUAUUUUUGUAGCACUGAAUCAAACAUGGAUAACUCAUCUUCUGAUCACGAUAUCAGUGCAUCAGUGUUCGAAGAUCAGACAAUAGAAGUUGAGCAGGCAGCAGAAGAAGUUCCCUGGAAAAGAAAAAAAGGCAAUAAAGGAAUUAAACAGGGAAAAAGAACAUGGAAUGAUACUGAUUUCGAAGAAAAGUUUUUAUCAGUACUCGAGCAGAGUUCGAAAGAAGAUGAAGAUCGUUCUUUUAUGGAAUCUUUAUUGCCAACGUUGCGGUUAUUUAAUAAUGACCAAAAACUAUUAUUUAGAAGUCAAGUCUUAAGCCUUAUGAUGACAAUUAAAAAUACAAAUAAUGUAAGAGCUGCAUACAGAGAACCUUACGACUUUUUUUCUCAACAGUAUCCAGUUAAUUAUGGUCCAUGGAAUCAUAACACGUCAUCUAUUCUCUCUACGUCUUCUUCUACUCCUCCUGAA